AUGUGGGCAUCUAUUUCAGUGGACUUUGAAAUUACUAGAUUGAUAAGACUGAUUCUUGGUUCUGCAUUGGAUAUAAAGAUCAGUGAUAAAUUGACUCUGGAUCAGCUGCAUGGAAGGCUACGUGAAGCUUUAAAGGAUAAGAAAUUUCUACUUGUCUUGGAUGAUGUUUGGAACAAGGAUCCUAUCAAAUGGAGUAAGUUGAGAGAUCUAGUGAUAGAGGGAGCCAAGUCAGGAAAAUGUACUUUUAAAGAGGGGCAUGAUAAACAAUAUCCAAACCUCUUUGAAAUGGGAAAAGAUAUUGUCAAAAAGUAUGAAGGGGUUCCAUUGGCAGUGAAAACUUUAAGGAGUCAACUAUACUCAAAGACUGAUGAACGAGAAUGGAAAUUGGUGAGAGAUUCUGAGAUAUGGAAAUUAGAAAGGGAAGGUGGUGGUCACAUCUUUCCUGCUUUGAAAUUGAGUUAUACCCAAUUGCCUCCUCAUUUGAGAAAAUGUCUUGCUUAUUGUUCCCAUCUACGAAAGGAUAAGACUCAAUUUCAUAGUUUUUAUUUGAUUAGAUAUUGGAUGGCACAUGGAAUCCUUGAUCAGUCUCGUGUUCAUAGGAAUAUGGAGUUGGAAGACAUCGGGGAGCUAUAUUUUAAAGAUUUAUGGGCGAGAUCCUUCUUUCAAAACGUUAUUCAUUAUCAUGUUUUCGACACAUUUGAUAUGCAUGAUCUUAUCCGUGAUCUGGUACAAUCAGUUGCACAAGAUGGGUAUUUCACAGUGAAGUCUGCAAACACCAAAGACAUAUCUGAAAAUGUUAGACAUUUGACAUUUUUGGAAGCUGGCCAAAAUGUUUCAACAACCUUGCAAAAGUUGAACAAAGUGCGGACUAUAUAA